AUGCCCAAAAACCUCACCGUCGUUGUCACAGGCUCCAAUCGAGGCGUCGGCCAAGGCAUUGUUCAACUCCUCGCCAAAACCUCACACACACAACCCCUAACCAUCUACGCGACCUCGCGCUCCGGAAACGACUUGGGUGUGCAAGCCUCUCCGCCAAAUGAGGUGCGAUACAGCAAACUGGACAUCGGGUCUUCAUCCUCUAUCCAAUCCUUCUUUAGCAACGUCAAGGAAGUAGAUGUGCUAAUCAACAACGCCGGCAUCAACAACAACAACUCAGAAACACCAGAUCUGGCGGAGCAAGUCAUUGAUGUAAAUUAUCGGGGCACGAGAGACAUGUGUGAAGCCUUCCUCUUGGCGUCCGGCGGGAGAGAGGCCGGCGCGCGCAUUGUGAACGUGUCUUCCACUGCCUGCCAACUCAACAACUACGCCUCGUCUACAGCGGAGAAGUUCCGCGCAGUCAAGAGCGUCCGGGACGUGGAUGCGCUUGCGGAGACCUACAUCAAGGCCGUGAAAUCUGGGGGCAGCGCACAGAAAGACGAAGGAUUCGGGUCGCCACCAAAAUCCUAUCAAGUUAGUAAAGCACUCAUCAACGCCCUCACCGUCGUUUUGGCGCGAGAGAAUCAGGACGUGGCGAUCAAUUGCUGUUGUCCUGGAUGGGUGGACACAGAUAUGGGGCACCAGGUUGGCAAGCCGCCUAAGACGCUGGAGGAGGGUGCUAGGAUUCCGGCCAGGUUGGCUAUCGGAGAGUUGGGGGCCCGUGGAAAUCAAGAUGGUGCACUAGGUAAGGGUGGGAGUGAAAAGGUGAGUGGACGGUACUUUGAGAACGAGGGGGUUACGGAUCGGGGAUGGGGACGAGAGAGGGAGUGGUGA